UCCCUCUAUAAAGCCUCUCAUGUUAGCAGUGUAAACUUCAGACUUCAACUCAUGGUAAACUUGUUUACAACCUUGGAAAAAAACUUACAUUAAGUUACAUUAAGUUAUUCUUAACUAUACACAGCAAGCUUGGAUGUGCAUCAGAAAUUCUCUAUAUUAAGUUACAAGCUCAGGCCUGAGCUCGCAGCAAAAAUGAAACUAGUCUUGCACACUGUCAUCUGCUGCUGUGUUUUCACCACUGUCCUGCCACUGGUGAAGGAUGCCACCGGGGAGCUCAACACCAGCCUAAAAAAAAGGAUUAGAGUAUGGCUGCAGAACCGUAUAAAAAGAGACCUGUGCAACAGCUUAUUGGCAGCUAAUGAGCAGCACUCUGAUGUUGGACCACAGCAGGACGAGAUUGCAAAAAGUAUCUCACCUCCAUCAAGCUUUGGGCUAAAUAUCAGACGCAGGAGGUCACCAUCAACCAAAUCCUCUGGCUGUGUCCUGGUCACAUGUUCAUACAAUGACCUGCUCUACCGACUGCACCAGAUCAACAACAAGCAAAAAGAGGCCAAUGCCCCUGGAAACAAGAUUGGCUCAAAUGGCUAUGGACGCCGCCGCCGCUCACUCCCGGAUGUCGCUCAGCUCACCCUCCAGACAGGAAGACGGAGCACUGAAGCUGCUUCCAAAGUGAGCUUGGCAGCUGAGAUAGAAGACAAUUCCUGAAGAUCUUCUCUGAAAUACCCGUAAACUGAAGAGGAACCGAGGCCGUGACGGGAAGGAUUUUGUCCGACAUUACUAAGCCCCAAACUGCCACAUGCAAGAUCCUUUCAUAAGUGAACUGGAUGUUGUGAACUGCUUGUGAAGGGCAAUUUAAACAAUAUUUACCACUAUAUUAAAAAUGUAUAAUUAUCCGCUUGUAUAUAAGGAUAUGUAAAGGAUAUUAAGCAUACAACUAUAUUUUUAUACAGCCAAAAUACAUAUUAAACAUCUCUUUUUUUCAAUUUUUUGACUUCAAUGAAGUAUGUAUCUUAACUGUCCUGCAUUCAUGUAAAUUAAUUAUCUUUUCACUGACUUAUGGGUUAUAUUUUUGUAACAUUAUUGUGAUGAGUAUACAUUAUUGAAAACUAUUAUAAUAGAGAUGUUUCAAAGACAUUUAUUUAGAUUUUGAAAGUCUUCAUAGCAGCCUAAGAACAACUGCAAAGUAGACAUCUAGUUGUUGGCCUUGGAGUGAUGGAGAGCCUGAAGUAGAAGAAAAAGUGUUGUGCUGCCAUCUAGCUUUACAGUAGAAUACAUAUAACAAAUGCAGACCGAGCAGUUUCAAAAUCAACAAAGCAUGCUAAAUGUUUCAUCUAAUUUUAGAAUUGUAUCUGCUUCCUUACUUAUAUGUAAUGGAUCCUAAAUUACUCAGUCUAGCUGAAAUUACUUGACAUAGUAUUAGGUAACAUGAUUUAUGGUCUUGUUGUGGUGAACGUGGCAGGAACUGUAAUAGUUUUCAGCUGGCUGCAACGUCCUUGUUUUUAAAAAAUUUAUUAGUGCUACAAUGAAAAGAAUUCAAAACAACUUUGAUGUUAUUUGGUGCCCUCGUAUGAAAAAUUCUGCUUGUGCACGGAAGUGACAGUUUAUGUGCCCCUUAUGUUGGUCUAAGUAGGAAAACAUGAUUAACUCCUGUUAUAAAGUCUACAGUGGUGUACAUUCCUUUCUAAAACUAAGACAUGGUUUAUCAACUUCAUGCUCUUAAAGAAACACAUGUACUGAAACCAAAUUUGCACAUGUUCUUAAAAUUGUGUAAUCACAGCAUUUCAACA